GUUGACAAUUGACAUUGUUGAUGGUUGACUAAGCUUGAAAGUUGAAUUGGGCGUUUUCUAAAAUAGUUAAAUUAAAAAUUCAUAAUAGUUCCUCAUUUUAUUUUGAAAUGGGCUCCAAAUCCAAAACGGGCCUCUUCGCCCUAGGUUUUUAUGGGCUGGCUUCUUUUUUUAUAAUUAUAGCUUUUGUAAGCCCCUACUGGUUAGUUACGGAUGGUAAGCUCAAAAAUCCCAAGUUUCUCAAAAUAGGUUUAUGGCAGGUGUGUUUCAAUGGAUUUGAAGAAGUUCAUCAUUGGUAUGAUGUAUCGUUUAAAGGCUGCUGGUGGAUAUUUGAAGAGGAAUACUACAUUAUACAUGACAUAUUGUUGCCAGGAUUUUUUAUAGCAACACAGUUCUUUUUUACUGUGUCUAUAUGCUGCAUUCUAAUUUCACUUGUUCUAUCGUUUUCAUACAUAAGGAAGGACCAUGAUGAUGACAAUUAUGUUACUCUGUUAGUAACAUUUGGCACAAUUCUUGUUAUAGGUGGUUUCUCAGGGAUAAUAUCUGUUGUAACAUUUGGAGCUAGAGGUGAUGGACGUGACUGGAUGCCCAAUUGGGAACACAAUGACUUAGGUUGGGCGUUUGCUCUUGGUGCUAUUGGUGUGAUACUGUUGUUUCCAGCUGGCAUACUCUUCCUGGUUGAAGCUAGGGUACGAAAAUAUAAAAGGUUACAUGAAAUGCAAAGUAGGGAGCCCUCUUCUUACACAAUGCAAGAGAGAAAAAUGGCAUAUCCAGGCCACACAGACAUAUAAUAAGUUAUAGUAUCUUUUUUUAUAUAAUAUCGUAACUGCCUAUUAGCUUUUGCAAGAAAAUAAUGAGCUUUACACAUGUCCGUCCAUUACCAAGAUAAUUAUUAUUAGAAUCUCAGAAGGUACAUAAGUAAAUAUUAUUUACUUAAUCUUUUUGUUUGUGUAUUAUUUUUAUUGGUUAUUUUUUUUUUGUAAUUUUUAAGAUAAAAAAUGAGUUUAUAAGAAUCUUUUUGUACUCUAAAGUAAGUAGUAAUAAUAUUAUAAUUAUUAUAAGAUAAAACUAAUACUUACAAACAUCUUUCGACAAAUAACUUUUGAAGGAAAAUCCACACAUGCAAGCUGAGCAACUCAGAGCUGCUUAGCUUGCAUGCUGUACAUGAAUAAAGUUAAACAGCUUGUUUCACUCUGCACAAGCAGAGUUGUAACUUUAACUUAACCCAUGUACGUACGUACACACCUGCAAACUUGAGCCAUUAUAUUCGUAGGUAUGGAUUGUCCUUUACAGAGUUAAAUAAAUGUUUGUAAAUUA